AGGAAAAGGGGGGCAUCCAUCAUUUGAAAAGUGCUGUCUACUCUUUAAAAAAUGAUCCAUUAGACCACAACAAAAUCAGUUUUUUGUGAAGAAUUGAAAGUGCAGUUUGCUGUCAGAGUUUAAAACCUCAUUGCUUUAUUGCUAAUAUGGAGCUCAAACACACAGUCGCUACAGAAGAAAGCUUUCAUGACCUUGACCUCCCACUUCCGUCUUCCUCUACGUCCCUGUCUGUCUCCAUGCAUCUGUUUUUUUGCCUGUAACUUUCAAAAACGUACACAUGCUUAUUAUCCACAAGGCUUUGCUCAGCAACAUUACAAUGACACCUGAAAACCAAAGAUGACACAUGAUGUUCCAUCAUCAGCAUGGCACACACUGAGAGUUAGCUGAAUGGACAGCUCCCUUCUUCUGUCUUCUUUUUGUCCUGUAUUUGACAUCUAUCUGUGCAAGAACAACUCAAGGUGAGUGAACUUUCUGCUCUCCAAAAAACAAAAACAAAAUGUGCUUUUUUUCUCCCUCCCACGUUGUUAUUCAUGUAAAGGUUCUGCUACCACGAUGAAAAUGAUGGGUGAUGUCUGGAGGAGAGGACACUUGUUUCUGAGCUGAGCUGGAUCCUGUCUUGACUGUGAGGUGUGUUGAUUUUCCCCGGGCAGGAAAAUGGUUGGGAAGUCCCUGAUUGCUGGCCUGGUGGUCCUUCUGGUGGCUGCAGUGAGCCUGUUCCUGGGGGUCUUCAUGGGGCUGGGGAAGAAAAACACGCCUCCCCCCUCUGACUACUUCUACUCAAAGGCUGCUGUGGCUGCAGAUGCUGGGAAGUGUUCAGAAGUGGGGAGGGACAUUUUGAAGAAAAAUGGUUCGGCCGUGGACGCUUCCAUCGCUGCCUUGCUAUGCGUCGGCCUUUUGAACGCUCACAGCAUGGGCGUCGGAGGAGGGCUCUUCUUUGUCAUCUACAACGCCUCCACAGGGAAGGUAGAAACCAUCGAUGCGAGAGAGACUGCGCCCAUGAACGCCACCGAAGACAUGUUUGGCAACAACACCAGGCUCUCUCGUACAGGUGGAUUGUCCAUAGCCAUUCCCGGGGAGAUCCGUGGUUACGAGAUGGCACACAAGAGGCAUGGCAAGCUGCCAUGGAGGGAGCUGUUUGAGCCCAGCAUUGCCUUGGCUCGCGAUGGCUUCCCUAUAGGAAAAGCUUUGGCUCAUGCCAUCUUCAAGAGCAAAGAGUCAAUUCAAAGAGACGCCAACAUGUGUGAGGUGUUUUGUGAUUCUCAAAAAAACAUCCUGAAGGAAAAUGAUAUCGUUAGAUUUCCAAAGCUGGCCGACACGUACCAACGAAUAGCAGAAGAAGGACCUGACGUGUUUUAUAACGGGUCGAUGGCCCAGAGCAUCGUGGAGGACAUCCAGGCGGCAGGUGGCGUUAUCACCCUAGAUGAUUUGUUGGAGUACCAGCCUGUGCUGAAUGAGAACCCUCUGAAGCUGAACAUUGGGGAAUACACCAUGUAUGUCCCAGACGCCCCCUCCAGUGGCCCUGUGCUGGCACUCAUACUCAACAUAGUGGAUGGGUACAACUUCACAGACACAAGUGUCUCUACAGCAGAGAAAAAGACUCUGACAUACCAUCGCAUCGUGGAGGCUUUUCGUUUUGCUUAUGCCAAGAGGAGCAGACUCGGGGACCCACGUUAUCUCAAUAUUACUGAUCUCAUCCAAAACAUGACUUCAGACUACUUUGCUGAUGGCAUAAGAAGUAAAAUUACAGAUGACACCACUCACCCAGACAGCUACUACGAGCCAGACUAUUUUGUCCCAGACAACCAUGGGACAGCUCACCUGUCGGUCAUAGCUGAGGAUGGAAGCGCCGUGGCCGCCACCAGCACUAUUAAUCUAUACUUUGGUUCCAAAGUCAUGUCUCGAUCAACUGGAAUCAUUUUCAACGAUGAAAUGGACGACUUCAGCUCUCCGUACAUGACAAAUGGGUUUGGAAUCCCUCCCUCGCCCAACAACUUCAUCCAACCAGGGAAGAGGCCGCUGUCUUCCAUGUGUCCCACUAUCAUCUUUGACAAAGACAACAGAGUGAAAAUGGUUGUAGGAGCGUCCGGGGGCACAAAAAUCACCACAGCCACCGCCUUAGUAAUCCUGAACUCCCUGUUCUUUAACUAUGACCUAAAGAAAGCCGUGACGGAGCCACGAGUCCACAAUCAGCUCAACCCAAAUAUGACAGUGGUGGAGCAGGGCUUUGAAAAGAGUGUCCUGGAGGGUCUGGCCCAGAAGAACCACGUAACACAACUGCUGAGGACUCCAGACUCUGUGGUCCAGGCGGUGGUGCGGCAGGGGGAGCGUCUCUGUGCAGAGUCCGACCCCAGGAAAGGAGGCUAUCCAGCAGGAUACUGA